AUGUUCGACAACACGCAGUACCCCUAUAACUGCUUUAAUUACGAUGGGGAUGAUUAUCCUACCUGUAGUUCUGACGAAGAGAAAAAAUUCACCAGACCAGCGUACAGCUACAUUGCCUUAAUUGCAAUGGCCAUCCAGCAAAGUCCUUCCAAUAAAGUCACCCUCUCUGGCAUUUAUGACUUUAUAAUGAAGAAAUUUCCUUACUACAGAUCAAAUCAAAGAGCCUGGCAGAACUCCAUUCGACAUAACUUAUCGCUUAACAGUUGUUUUGUAAAGGUUCCCAGAACAGAAGGGAAUGAGAAGGGGAAAGGAAACUAUUGGAGCUUUGCAACAGGAUGUGAAUCCAUGCUGGAUCUCUUUGAAAAUGGGAAUUACAGGCGAAGACGGAGGAGGAGGAACGUGAAAAGGGAACAUAAGGAGCAGAGACCGAGCAGAGGGAAAAGUCCUUCAUCCUCCGACAUGUCUUGUAUGGACUCUGCUUUAAACAACAUUUCCCCUUCUGAAAAUAAACACGAAAGAAUUGAAUCGGGCCCGAGACUACUGGAGCCUCGUGGGUUUGCUCCAAACAGCAUGAUCAACAGGCAGAGCCUAAACAACUCUUCCUUAGCAAAAUCGGAUUCUGAAAUUAAAUUCAGCAUCGAUUACAUCCUUUCAGCCCCCGACCCUCUGCCCGUCCUGAGAUCUCAAUAUAAUAUGCAAGAAAAUAAAUAUCAUCUACUGGAGGCCCAGCAAAUUAAUCUCCAGCUCUGGACAAUGUGA